AUGCUUAAUAAUUCAUCAGAUGAAUUAGAUGAAUUUCUGAAUGAGUGGAAGUAUCAUUAUAAUUGUCAGAAAAAAUCAUUUUCAAAAUUUGUUCAAUUCUUUGGAAUUACCCAAGAUCCAAAUACUUCAAAAUAUAUGAUAGUAAUGAGUUAUGCAAAAAAAGGAAGUUUUAGAAAAUGUUUAUAUGAUAUAAUUAAAUUUAAGUGGCAAGACAAGUUACAAUUAUUGAAAAAAAUUAUAUUAGGACUUGAAGUAAUCCAUGAAUCAAAAUUAACUCAUGGUGAUUUUCAUGAUGGUAAUAUUUUAAUGUCAGAAAAUUACAAUGAGAUAUUUAUUAUUGAUUUAGGAUUAUGUAAACCUAUAAAUAGUAAUUUACAAGAUUCUGACAAUGUAGUUACAGAACAUUGUGGAGUUGUACCUUAUAUGGCGCCUGAAAUAUUAAGAAAUAAACCCUAUACACCAGCAAGUGAUAUUUAUAGUUUCUCAAUGAUAAUGUGGGAAUUUACAUCAGGUAUUCCUCCAUUUAAUGGUGAAGCAUAUGAUGAACUUACCUCGAAAAUUUGUCAAGGGGAUCGUCCUAAAAUUGAUGAAAAUACUCCACAAUGUUAUAUAGAUUUAAUGAAAAAAUGUUGGGAUUCAGAUCCUUCCAGUAGACCUAAUAUAAAAAUGCUCAACAAUAUUAUAUCUAAAUGGGUUGUAUGUAUUAAUGAUUAUUAUAUAUUGAAUAGGGAUGGAAAUCGUAUCUUUGAAGUACCUAAUAUUGAUAAGAAAUUAAAAAAUGAUAUGCUUGAAUUUGUAAAAGCAGACAAAGCUUUAACACAAGCAGAAGCAAAUUUAACACAAGAAGAAGCAAAUUUAACUCAGGAAGCAAAUUUAACUCAGGAAGCAAAUUUAACUCAGGAAGCAAAUUUAACUCAAGAAAAAAUACAUUCACAAGCAUAUUCUACAAGUUUUACAAAUUCUAUAAAGCAUGAAACUUAUAUUCAAGAAGAGUCUCAGGAGAUUAAUCAUAUUUAA